ACCACCCCACCUGCCCGCUCGCUUUUUACCUACUUCGCACGCUCACAGAUAAAGUUUUUCCGCAUAUAAAUACACGUCAUCGAUUUCGUCGUCGUUUGCGGUUUGUUUCCGAGAGACUGGGAAGAAAAGAGACGGCAACAACAUGUUCGCUAUAAUGCAGAUCGAGAACGACGUGAGUGGACGGACUGCUGCCGCGGCGAGCGAAUUUCGUCGGAAGAUGCGCGCCAAGUGCGAGUUCGUAUGCAGAUAUUGUCAGCGACGCUUCACCAAACCCUACAACCUAAUGAUACACGAGCGUACGCACAAAAGUCCCGACCUGACAUACGCCUGCGAAGUUUGCGGCAAGAGCUUCAAGAGACAGGACAACCUCAAACAACACAGAUGUAGUCAGUGCAUUUGGCGGUGAAGGGCACCCGGGGGCAUAGGGGCCGCUCCGGUCCUGUCUUCUUCCAGUAACAAUCCAUUAUCCGACUACGCAAGCUACAUGCAACUGUUUUUCAAGGUCAUAACUGCACAUUUAACAGCCUAUUCGAUUUUUUUUGUAUUCACAGUUAUUAUCGUACUAAAAUCUAUUUAAUUUUUAUUUAAAUGUUCUUAGAUUAUAGCCAGUUUACUUGUGUAAAUAUUAUGCUUCAAGAAAAUUAGUUUAUACGUAGUGAUACGCUUUUUAUUAUUAAUUAAUAUGCGCGUUGUGUCAAUUUUUAUUUAAAUAAAUAGUCGUUGCGAGCCAGUUAACUUUUUUUUAGUUUAAGUUCAACUUUAGACUACGAACUCUAGUCUAUAUUAUGUAUUCAUAAAUUUCGAACUUAUUAAAGCGUUAAGUGCAAUAAUGUUGAUGGGAGAGUUUUUCAUUUUUUUUUGUUAUGUAAAUGUAACCUACCAAUCGAUUUCUUGGAAGGUAAAACACCAGGCCUAAAUUUUUCGAAGAAGAGUUUUUGAUUUCGUGAAAACUGCGUAUUUUUGCACAGCAAAAGUAGACGCAUGUUUAUCAACAGGUUAUCAUCAUACGCUUUAGAUGCAUUCGGUACCGAUUAUAUGUCUACCAAAUCAGUUCUUCUAAUGUGGCUAGACGAAUUUUCGCUGCUUUAUUUUUUUUAUGAAACAAUGUUACAAUGUGACAUGUCACAUGCCUAUUAUAUUUUAUAUGUUGAUAGACUGUAAGGAUGUGUAAAGUUAUUUAUAAAUUGAAAAUAUAAGUUCC